UGGUAAGCGUUAGUAUACUGAUAAUGCUGGUCAGUUAAGUGACAAUUAACAGCUGGGAGGUGUUUGUCGAAAAUGAGUUAACCGGAAAAGCAGUAUCACGUACGCGAGGAUGGCCCUUUUCUCUGUUAGGGGAUACACGGUUUCAUGGCCCCUAGUUGGUAGCCUGAUCGCUAUCCUUAUUGGACGUGAGAUAUGGAGACUGAGCUACUUCAAACGACGCGGGGUCAAAGGUCCUUCUGCGAAUCCUUUGUUCGGCAAUGCUCUUCAAAUUAUGCAGAGUGUUCCUGGAUUCUUUUUGAAAUGUCAAGAGAAUUUCGGCACAGUAUUUGGGGUUUUCAUGUUCCGUUCGCCUUGUUAUGUCGUAUCUGACCCUGAUAUGAUCCGAGAUAUCACCGUUCGAGGCUUUCCAAAUUUCGUAAAUCACCAGAGUAUCACGCUAAAGAACAGACCGCUGGAUAAAGCUCUCAGCAAUUUAAGAGACCAGCACUGGAAAGAUGUAAGGAACGUCAUUACACCAACAUUCAGUGGACAUAAAAUGAAACUGAUGUCUCCUUUGAUCAACGAAUGCGUCGACGAUCUUGUGGAAAAUUUUCGUGAGGUACAAAAUAGAGAUGGCGAAGUCAACAUUUGCAAACUUUAUGAAGCCUUCACCAUGGAUACCAUUGCUCGAUGUGCCUUUGGUAUUCAGGUACAUUCCCAGAAGAACCCAGACGAUCCGUUCGUAACCAAUGCAAAGGCCAUCAUGAACGCUAAUCCAAUGCAACUUAAACUUAUACUUGCUGGGUUGUGUCCACCAUUUGCUCAUCUGUUAAACUUUCUGGACAUUGCCGCUUUCCCUCAGUCAGUCAAACUAUUCUUCAGGGAUGUGGUCAAGAAGACUAUGGACAUGAGAAGUACAAAUGUAGAGAGGAAAGAUUUCUUGCAGCUGAUGAUGAAGGCACACGAAGACCAGGACGAGGAAGUGGUGGAAAAGAAAAAGGAUGACGAAACGGACCUCCAUGACUUGGUUGACAAAGACCACGACGCAGGAGUCUUCGGCUCCAAGAAGACCAAGAAAGCCAAGCUGACCCUUGAAGAGCUUUUUGCACAAGGAACUCUUUUCUUCGCUGCUGGCUAUGAGACAACGAACAUAGCAUUGACGUACGUCACAUAUUGUCUUGCUACGAACCCUGAUGUCCAAGAUCAACUAGUCAGGGAGAUUGAAGAUGUUGCCCCGACGAGGGAAUCAGUCAAUUACAGCAACGUCGCUAAAAUGGGCUACCUGGAUAACAUCGUCUGUGAAACACUUCGUCUGUAUCCACCUAUUCUUAUAACUGAUCGUAUGUGUGGAGAGACGUACACAUACAACGGCAUCACCAUCCCCAAAGGCAUGCAGGUGGCCAUUGGGAUCUAUAUCACCCAUUACAAUCCAGCCAUCUGGGAGGAUCCUACAAGGUUUGAUCCAAACAGAUUCACGAAAGAAAAUCGCGAGAAACGUCACCCUUUUGCCUGGAUACCGUUUGGUGCUGGUCCAAGGAACUGCAUUGGGAUGAGGUUUGCUUUGAUGGAGGUCAAGAUGGCUAUCAUUCGACUCCUUCAGAAUUACAGAGUAGAAACCUGCCCAAAUACAGAGAUUCCUGCCAAAAUUGGUAAAACAAGCGUAAAACCAGACAAUGGAAUCGUCCUACGUGUCGUCGAAAGAAGUUAAAAAGAAUAAUGAUCACUCCUGUCACAGAACGACUCUUCAGAAAAUUACACUGUUAAAAUAAGAGAGGAACUAUGGUUCCAUAAUCUUUUAUAACGAAAAGUAGAUUGUGUAAAAUUGAAAUAUAACAAAAUCUCUUUUCAUCUGUCAAAGUAUGUGUCUUUAUAGUUACUGUGCUUCUCAAUCAAAAUAUAACAUUUCAAUCAAGAAAAGCAGUCAGAUAUGAGUCGGA